AGAAGAGCACCGAGCUGAUGCGCAAAAACAUGUUCUUGCAACGCAGUCAGCGCUAUGGUCUUCUCGAAGCCUCUCGACGUCCGUUGCCACGAAAGUCAUGGCAGCAAUCCAACCUGCUUGUAUAUCUCAUCCUUUUCUUCGGCGUUGUGAACGUCGUUGAAGCACUCCUGAUCUGGCUCGGCAGUGGCUGGUCAAAGCAAGCAAUAGACAGCAGUGUUUUAGAACCAGUAUAUCGUGAAUCGAUCAACACUGUUCGAAGACCCCUAUACCCCGAGCGACUUUACGAUGCCUCUCUCACUGCUCGAGCUGUGGACGAGAUAGUGGACAGAUACGCGACAGACCAAAAGAUCAUAGCGCUGCCACACGGUGAGAAGCUAUUACGAUCGAUACCAUUUCCCUGGGAUUCGACCAUGGAUGCGUUCGCCUUAGCCGGGUAUCAUAGCUUGCAUAGUAUCCAACUUCUUUAUCAUGCAAUGCUUCUAUAUGCCAGCGACAACAGAACCAUCAGUGACGCUUCGCUACACUCCCUGAUCGUUCUCUGGGAGGAUACUCUCUGCAACGUUGAUUUGACACCUCUAUCUUUCGCCGGAGACGUCGUAUCGAACGAGACUGCGAUUAAAGCAGCUGGGCAGAUGCGGUUUGCGGUCUCUCUUUCUGGGCCGCUCGCUGUAUUGAUGGUUUGUACGCUAGUGUAUGCCGAGACUGGACUCGAGUUGAGAGGUUUGCCACAGAGAACAACGCAUGUUUCAGAGGAUCUACUGCCUACCAAGGCCAUAUCGAUGAAUGGUCUGACAAAGACGACUGGUUGUAUUGUCCACAGGGUUCACCUUACCAAGGCAGAGUGA